AUGGCUCAGAAACAGGAAGAUGUUAGCCUCAGAGUCCUAUUGGAGGGUCCAUAUGGAGGUUUGCCUGGGCGCUGGUACAAGGGAUUUGACCGCACGAUACUCAUCGCAGGCGGCUCUGGGAUUUCAUUUACUUUCCCGCUUAUUGAGGAUUGGCUGAGUCGGCGUGAUUCCAACUCUACAAGUGAAUUAAAGGUCGUCUUGGCCACUAAAGAUGUGGAAAUGCGAAUAUGGUAUACCGAGGAGUUGCGGCGUGUUGCAGAGCGACAGCGCGGUUCUGGAACAACCGAGUUUCCCGGAGUAAGUAUACUUCUCUAUGAAACGUAUGAUACGGCCGUGGGAAUUCCAGUAUCAAGAACCACGUCUUCUGGUAGUGAUGAGGAGAAGGGCAAAGAGGAGCCAAGGGUACAGUCAUCUGCCGACUCAACUACCUCCCCCUUUGGCAUCAAGGCCUUCCGUGGACGCCCAGACACAGGAGCCACUGUUAGGGAGGCGUCACUCCAGCAGUCUGUUGGCACUGUUGGCAUUGCAGUCUGUGGACCAGCCGGAAUGGUGUACGACGUUGCAAGUGAGGCGGCAGCACAACAGCAACGUAUCCUGAGUGGACACGCUGGGGCGUCUGAGGUUUGGUUUCACUUGGAAUCAUUCUCGUAA